UCUAACUUAGAAAGUACGGAGAAGGAAAAGCGUCUCAGCAUGUAAACACAAGAAAUGUUUUCCGUCUGUUUGAAAAUUACUCUUUUUUGGUAAUCGUGUUGUUACUCCAGCUGUUACAAUAAAUGUAACAUUCAGACAUGGCUGAGGAACCGGCAGCAGAAAUCCAGCUACUCAGAAGCCUGAAGGUCAAGCUAAUAGAAAUUCUAAGCGCCGAUGCUGAUUUUGUCCUGCAGCAUGCAGACUCUCGCUGCCUGCUGUCUGUUCACGGCUACCAGCAGGUGAAAGCAUGCCGUUUUCCUAGUGAGAAGGUGACUGACCUGUUGGAUCUCAUCAUCCAAAGAGGGCCUGAAGCAGCGCGGGGUCUACUGAAACUGCUGAACGAACACGCCCUGCAGGAAACCUUCCCAAUGCUUUGCUUUAUUAAGGAUUUGGACAUAAACACAGUGUCUUCAGGCUCUUGCUUGGUUCAGGAGAAGCAGCUGAUGACCGUGGCUCGUACCAUUGGCAGAUCUUGGAGGGAGAUUGGCAGACUGGCUCUGGAAAUCUCUACUGUGAAGAUGGAACAGAUUGAAGAGGACAACUCAAUUCAUGUGGAGCGAGUGUUUGCCAUGCUGCGCUACUGGAGCACCUGUCAGAGGGAAAAAGCCACUGCUGCGAACCUGCACUCGCUGCUCAGUCAGGGAGACUGGGCGCUGCCACCUGAAAGCAUUGACUUCCUGUUGGAGAUUAAAUGAGGCCUUCAAUGACUGGUACUGUGACCGAGACACUGUUUUUACUGGGAACUUAAGUGUUCCAUCAUAUAGACAUCCAUCAUAUUUUCCAUAUCAGAAAAACCACUUGAAGACUUAGUACUUUGUUAAAUCACCCCACAUUGCCAAUAAGUACCAGUGACUUAUUUUGUUCUUCAUAUGUGUUUUGAUUUAUAUAUAGCUAUUAUAUGUAGCCUACACACAACAUCUAUUGUAUUUCUGUUGGACUGGGUCCAAGGGUAAAGGGUAUUGAUAUUUGGCUAAGUUUAAUGAUCAACUAAUAUUACCUUUCUGUAAAAGUAAUGAUAUAGAAACUUAGUUUUUGUUCAUGAAAUAUCUAAGUAAGAGUUUUUUCUUUCUUUUUCUGUUUAUUGUAUCAAUGUGUGGGUUUUAUUCUCCUUCCAGUCCAAGGAGAAGACAAACAACAGAAUUGUGCUCAUUUUAGUUGAAUGUAAAUAAAUACUCUAGGUAAUUUAAACAAGUUAAUGAAAUCUUGUUUCUAUUGCUUUAUGUCCUGUUUUGCUUAACUCGUCUUUUUAUUCAUCUUCAGUUUUUUGGAGAAAUUGUAUUUUGUCCAAGUGAGCAGACUAUUAGGUGUCACAACAGUUAUGCUGAUGUAUUCCUUCUUGAUCUUUAUAUAUUGUUAUUUUUAAACAAAUGUUCCUUAUUUCUUAGUGUAUCUGUUGGGAUAGCAACUCAUGUCAUCAUGCAAAGUAGGAAAGAAUAGUAGUGCCUAUGUUUCACAACUACACUUAAUAAACUUGUAUCACAUUU